AUGGUAGACAUGGAAAAGUUUCGGGCAUAUCCUGCCGCCUCAUCUGCCUUCUAUCAUGGGAAAGACCAGGACCAACCGAAGGAAGCGAUUAGCUGGCGUGCCGUGCCACGGAAAGAGCAGCUUCUUAUUCUCUUCGCAUCUCGCCUCGUCGACUUCUUGCAAGUGACUUCAUUACAGGCAUACAUCUUCUUCCAGCUCAAACACUUUGACGACCGGCUGUCAGAUGCAGAGGUAUCGAAACAAGCCGGCAUACUGCAGGGCUGUUUUACCGGUGCUCAAGUUCUCACUGCAAUCCUCUGGGGCAAGGCUGCGGACGCCAGUUGGUGUGGCCGUAAGCGCGUGCUUCUCAUCGGCCUCGCUGGUACAGCUGUAUCAUGCGUAGGAUAUGGAUUCUCAACUUCAUUUUACGAAGCAGCAUUGUGGAGAGCCUUGGGCGGCGCCAUCAAUGGUGCUGUCGGCAUCACUCGGACCAUGAUCGCAGAAGUUACGGUAGAGAAGAGAUACCGAUCCCUGACCUUUCUCAUCUUACCAAUGAGCUUCCAUAUAGCAGGCAUUAUCGGCCCAAUUCUUGGGGGCCUGCUUGCAAAUCCGAUCGAAAUCUUUCCUCAGGUAUUUGGCGAAGCAGCGAUAUUUGAAUCGCAGUGGAUAUACCAGAAUCCAUAUGCCUUACCUAGUAUUGUUAACGCCCUUCUUCUGACCAUCUCGGCCAUUGCAACAUAUCUUUUUCUCGAAGAGCUGACAGACGAGAAGACUUUAGGCGACAGGAGCCGACAUUUCGAUUUUGGCUUGUAUCUAGGCAACAUGAUUAAGUCAAAGAUCUUCGAGCAUGCCGGCAAGCAGUCGUAUCACGCCCUGCCAAAAGGUGAGGACAUGCCCAUAACUACACAACGUGUAGAAAUGUACAGGAUACAGAAGACAACGGGAAAAUUGUCAUUCAACCAACUCUGGACUCGAAAUGUUGUAUUUACCCUGCUCACGAGUGCCCUGUACGAUUUCCACCUCGGUUCCUUUGCCAAUAUUUGGACCCUGUUUCUCUCAACUCCUCGAUAUCGAACAUCGAGUCACACGGUUCAAAAACAAUCGUUGCCGCUCCUAUUCACUGGGGGUCUGGGUAUGUCAGCAGCAACGGUGGGGUUGGCCACCUCUAUCCUGGGCGUUUUGGGGAUGAUCAUCGAGAUAUUUUGCUACCCACCCAUUCAAACUCGCCUGGGGACUCUGCCGUCAUUUCGGUGGUUCCUUUUCCUGUUUCCAGUGGCGUACUUUAUAACUCCAUAUAUAUCGAUUCUUCCGUCGUCAACAGAGCCACCACGGCCGUCCAGUGGCGCGUAUGUAUGGACAGGUCUGAUUGUGGUUCUGCUUCUGCACACCACGGCGCGUUCAUUAACUUUGCCGGCCAGCAUUCUCUUAUUGAACAACUGCAGUCCCCAUCCUAGCGUCCUGGGGACCAUCCACGGCCUGGGACAAAGCGUCUCGGCCGGCUUCAGAACCGUAGGGACCGUGGUUGGAGGGCGGUGGUAUGGAUUUGGGCUGGACAUUGGAAUGGUCGCCUGGGGUUGGUGGGGAACAGCUGCCGUGUCGAUAUUUGCAUGUUUGACGGCGUUGGGGAUGAAUGAUGGAAACGAACAUGAGAAUUUUAUGAAUGGCGAAAUGGAUGACAAAUGUUGA